AUGGCGGGCGAGAAGAAGAUCGCGGAGAUGGCCAGGCUCUUCGAAGAGCACGCUCCGGAGCCCACGACGCCGAAGCAGAAGGGCAGGCGGAAGUCUGAGAUGCCGCGACAGACGACGCUGGCAGGGAUGCCCACGCUCGGGCUGACGGCCGAGGAGUACUUCGCGCGGCUGCACCAGCAGAAGAUGGAGAAGCGGCGGCAGGAGCAGCGCGAGCGCCUCCUCGCGAAGCGCGCGGAGCACCGCAGCACGCUCCGCGCCAAGCGCAAGCGCCCGUGGCGCGCCAUGAGCCGCAAGGAGCGCUUCUGGCGCGUGUUCACGCCCGCGAACUGGCUCGUCGACCUCGUCGCGAUCGCGUGGUUCGGGUACAACAUCUUCCUGCAGCGCGACGACCGCGUCGGGGAGCCCCUGGGGUGGCAGCUCCUGUGGGUGGUGGCCGGCGUCGCCGUGGCCUUCAAGGACGGCUGCAUGUUCUUCGACCUCGUGUCGCUGUUCCCCGUCUGGCUGCUCGUCGUCGUCGGGGCGCUCGCGGGGAUGUUCUACGGGACCGUCAUGUACUGGUUUGACGUGUACGGCUCGGAGUUCCCCUGCUUCAAGGGGUUCCGCCAGUUCAACGAGUACAACAUGUGCUACCACGGGCAGAUCAUGGUCGGGCUGGCCUCCACGUCCCUGUGGCUGUGCCUCUCGGCCUUCAUCUUCUGGCGCUGGCGCGUGUUCACGAAGGAGCUCCUCGUCCGUCUCGGGCGGCAGGAGAAGGACUACACCGUCGAGGAGAUCUUCCUCAACAUCGACGCGAAGCUCGAGGAGGGCGCCGGGGACCGCGAGGACGAAGCGCUGCUCGCGCAGGCCGGCGUCGACCCGUGGGGCUCGCAGGACCUGGUGUCGGAGGCGCCGACGUCGACCGGUGCACCAGAGGGGCGCCGCAGGCGCUCGCUGGCGGGGCUGGGAGCCGACCUGCAGUCCGUGGCGAGCCGUGCGUCCAUGUACCGCCUGGAGGGCAGCGAGCACGGCAGCCGCCACGACAGCGCGCACGGGGCGCGCCUGGACGUCAAGAUGUCUAUGCUGCCGUCGCAUCACGGGGGGACCGCAGAGCAGGAGACGCCGCGCGCGAUCAAGACCAAGUCGCUGGCCGCGAAGAAGUCGGUCGGGGGCGCGCUGGCGGCGCGCGCGGGCGUCGGGCAGGUUGCGACGCAGCGCAGGGAGCGCGGCGCUAUCAUGGGCGAGCGGCUGGUGCGCACGCGCACGACCGCCACGGGCAUUGUGGGCGGCAGCCGACACGGCGACGCGUCGGAGAAGAGCGACGACGUGGGCGGGCUGCGCCUGAAGUUCGCGGUAAGCGCCUAA